GUUUAAUGAGAUCCUAGAAAGCUAAGAGCUCCUCUUGUAGAAAAAAGCAUUUGUCUCUAAUUACUGUUAUAACUAACUAAAUGAAUAAUUCGCAAUAUUAUAUAUUAGUGUCAUCGCGUAUUUACUGAAUGAUUUUCGGACAGUUCUAAUGGAAAUUAGUAUAAUUAUUUAACUUGAUAAUUUGAAUAUUAAUACAUUUUAUCUCUGAGAAAUAUUUGUAUGCAGUCACACGGAACUGUGUUGGGAAGGAAAGUAAUUAAUUAUUUGAAUUCUUUAGAAAUGGAGUCACAUUGUCUAAUUGAACAGAUACAUGUAGUUGAUAUAUAGUUUUGUAAUACGAAGAAUUUAUUUAGCAAUUAUCGUCAAAAUCAGGAUUACACACAGUUGAUAAUGUCAAAAUUCGGACUUACCGAUAGGGAAAUACGAAACAUGCGCGGGAACGUGGACGCCAUUUUGGCACAAUCUUCCUUUGUGUACACGAGGAACAUUAAGUCGACAAUUUAUUGCAAUAUUUGUAAUCUCAUCUUGAGUUUCAUCUUUGCUUCUGUGAUAUUUCUUUGCAAAUUUGUCGCCUUUAAAGAUCGACUAUUUUUGUGAUCUCACAAGGCGAUUCCACUAAUUGAUGCGAGCCGGCGAAAAUGGGUUAGUGGUUGUUAGCUCUGUUCAACGUAACGAACAUCGUGCUGAAAUCUUUCAUACGUCACAUUUCACAUCUGCAUUAUUUAACGUGCUUCUGAUUUCCAACGAAAAAAAUAUGAGUCAAACCGAGAAGUCAUCACAGGAGCGUGCGUCACAAGCAAGCAGCCUGCCCGACACGCAAAAUGUGGACUCGCAAUUUUUAACACAAUCACAAGAAAGAAUUAGCCAGCAACCAACAUUGACUGUCUGGGGAAGAUUGUAUUCAAUACGAUCAUGUUUCCCAAAUCUAAAUAUGUCCGGGGAUGUGUAUACUCUUGGACGUGCUGAGACUUGUGACAUUCAUGUAACUUCGCAAUUAAUGAAUAAACAAUGGUUAAAUGCGGUCAGCAAGGUACACUUUCGCAUAUAUAGAGAAUGUAUUAAUAACACAAAUGAAACUGUAGUGUAUCUUGAGGAUUUGAGCUCCAAUGGAACUUAUAUUGAUAAAGUCAAGGUUGGUUGUGGAAAUCGUGUCAUUAUUGACAAUAAUUCAGAAAUUUCAUUGUCCACAUCUUCAUGUACAGUUUACAGGUUUGAAAAUGUUCUUAAGCCUGAAAAUAAUACUUUACCAUUAGAACUAAAGCAGAAAUAUGCGCUAGGCCGCAAAUUAGGAUCUGGUGCAUGUGGCGAAGUUCGGCUAAUAUUUACAAAGGAUGGCACAAAACAGUUUGCUCUAAAAGCCAUCCAAAAAUGUGAUUUUGAUAUUACUGGAGCAAGAAAUCAACUUAAUGACCCUGUUAAAAUAAAAAAUGAAGUGGAAAUAUUAAGAAAAUUGGAACAUCCUUGCAUUAUUCAAAUGAAGGAUAUACAUGAUACACCAAGAACAGUAUAUAUUGUGCUUGAAUUGAUGAAAGGUGGAGAACUUUUUGAAAAGAUAAGAAGCAGAGGCAAAUUAUCAGAAUCAUUUACUAAAUUGAUCUUUUAUCAAGUCAUACUUGCUGUUCGUUAUCUACACAAGCAGGAUAUCACACACCGAGACUUAAAGCCAGAGAAUAUACUCUUAGCAGACAAUUCUGACAUUACGGUAGCAAAAGUAUCUGAUUUUGGACUUGCAAAAUUAGUAGAUGCUCAGACUAUGAUGAGAACAUUUUGUGGGACUCCUUUCUAUGUUGCACCUGAGAUUUUAAGUAACCUUGGACGCAUCUCUUAUACAAAUCAAGUUGAUGUAUGGAGUCUAGGAGUGAUAUUAUAUGUUUGCUUAGGUGGUGUACUACCUUUCCAUACACAAAAUAAAAUGUCUUUAGAAGUACAGAUAAAAAAUGGAUUAUAUGUUUUCCCCAAAACAUGCUUUGGACAUGUAUCAGAAGAAGCUAUAGAUCUGAUCAAGCGUAUGAUGACUGUUGACCCGAAAAAACGCAUAACAGUCCAACAGAUUUUGCAACAUUCUUGGUUGAGAGAUUCGAAAAUGCGAAGAACUGUAAAUUCGUUGAUAUCUCUAGAUGAUAACGAGAACAUACCACCUUCGAAUAUUUAUAGAAAACGUCCCGAGAUUUAUUUGCCUCCAGAAAAACGUGUGCGGCUUACACGUAACAGUAUACAUUUGACAGGAAGUACAUGAGAAUACAUUUCGAAUGUCUUCCAACUAAAAGAAAUAGUACAAAAGAAAUAUAUAAUAUUUUCUUAGCAUCAUCUGAUGUUUCAUUGAUCUUGUGAUCUCAUAGAUUGUUACCUAUUUACAUAUAGAAUAAUUUCUGCUCUGAUAAAUGCAUUUAAAGAAUGCCUAUUCAAAGUAUAUAUUCAAAGACCAAAACAUUCAAUUCGUUUGCAAAAAAAAAUACAGAGUACCCGCUGGUAUUAAAUAAAUUUUAUUAAAACUACAAAAUAUAACUGUGAUUAAUAUAGUAUACGAUAACUGCAUAAGGACGGUGAUAUAAAAUAUUUACAAUUAUCGAAUAACUUUAUUUUGAUUCUGACGAGUAUAAUGGAAAUUAUACGAUUUUAUUGUAUUCAGGAUAUUUUGUAUAUAAGAUGAUAUACAAUGCGUUUGUGAAAAUUAUAAGUUACACAAACAGACUUAUUUACUAUAAUUUUUUAUUUAAGAUUUUCAAAGUAAUAAUAAUACAAUUACGAAACCAUAGUAUUUGGGUUUAACGCUGUAUGUGUGUGCAGAGAAUAUAUAAAAAUAUUAAUUUGUUUCAAUGUACAAAACUACCACCUUGUGCUACAGACUACAGCUUGUAUGAGCUUUCACACAGCGACAAAAUAACUUUGUUAUUGUAAAUACGAAGUUCUUUACUCAAAAUAAUAGGCAAUGCCACACAAUAAAUAGGAA